CCGGGGGCUGGCAAUGUAAUGGGCUGUCUGGCCAUGGGCUGCCUGUGUCGCUCCAACAUGUCCGACACCAUGACACAGCAGCGCAUCACACAGCGCAGGACUUGCAUCCCUCCAGGCGAGGCGACCAGCAACGACCGGCAGCGACCCCGGCAGCAAUCGCAGCAUCGGCAUCGGCAUCAGCAGCAGCUUGGCUCGGACAUGACACGCCAGCACUCCACGCAGCCCGGCGUGCGGGUGGGCGAUGGCGAAAUCGCCUUAUUGGCCCGUUGCUCAACAAGACGGCCUCCUCCACCCGCCGCCACCACCCAGGCGCGCAGAUGGACGCUGCAGCCCGUGUGGGGCCAGCAAGGGCCCCCCUCUCUCCGCGACGCGGAACGAGACCCGCCGGCCCACCGAACGCACUCGGCCAAGAGGACAACGGACCACGUGGUCACCGCGGAUCGCCUCCGCCAGGGUGCGGGCGACCCUGGCCUUGCCGCCCCGGCUUCUGAGUGGGCGCCGCUGUUGGCACGAAACUUUGGUGAGCGGGCCAGCAAGGCAGCCGGCACCGCCCCGCACUCCACCAAUCGGCGUCGCGCUGCUGGCUCGUGCGACGCCGGGGGUCGCAGCGGCAGCCAGCUGUCGCGGCCGUCCGUGUACACAUGGGCCAGCCAGCAAGAGGGCAUUGCUGCACGACAUGCUGCGAUUGGUGCAUUGGUGCUGCCCCUUGUUGCCACAAGGGGGAGGGAGUGCGCCCGAUCCUGUCGAAUAACAUUGCCUGUCACGGACCGGGUCAAGAGGGGCAAACAAUUGCGCAAGGAGCAAGUCUGGUCUCGGCAGUCUCGCUGGGUUGUGGAUGCGCCUCCUCCUCGCCGAGGCCAUAACACGCUGUCCAAGCCGCUGUACCUCGUGGGUGGGCAGUAA